AUGACCAAAAUUUGUACAACAGUCAGAGAUCUUGUCUCUUGUCUCUACUUCCUAGCUCCCUUAACAUAGGAUUUGUCCUCUCUACUUUUGGUCUCUCUUCUAUCAUUUCAUCCCCUUAUAUAUAACCUCAUUCUUCAAUUCAAUUCAAUUGUCACCUACUCCAAACUAAAAAUUGAAAUUGAUAACUUCUACAUAACACAUCAAAUCCAAAAACAAAAACAACAUGAUGAUGGAAAAAGAAAUUAUGGUGGCAGUUCCUUCAAUAGAUUUCAAUUUCAACAAUAACUGUUCUUCGCCUUACAUCACAGCCCCUUCAUCUCCCCAACACUUCCCCAACAACUUCUUCAAACAUCAUGAUCAACCCAUUAACACCAAUAAUCAAGAAGAUGAAGAUUUUGAAUUCACCCAUCUUCAAAGAUCUUCUCUUUCUGCUGAUGAACUUUUCCAUGCUGGAAAAAUUCUCCCUCUCAACCUCAUUUCACCUUCUCAUCCUCAUCAUGAAACAGAGCAAAAGUUAGUACAAAAACUUCAACAACAACAAGAACAAGAAGAUGAAGAAAAUUUAUCACAACAUCAACAACAAAACAAGCUUUCUGGUAAAGAAAGAUCUUCAUCAUUUUCAUUUCCAUCUUGUCGCAAAAACACAAAAUAUUCCAAACUCAUUGAAGAAGUUGAAAUUUUUUCACAAGAAAAAGACAAAAGUAGUUCAAAAAACAACAACCUUAAACAAUCCGAAACAGCAACAGUGUCAUCAUUUUCAUCAUUCUUGUCAACAAUUUCAAUUUCAAAAGGGUAUUAUAGAAAAUGGAGAAUCAAAGAUUUUCUUUUAUUUCGAAGUGCAUCAGAAGGAAGAGCUUCAGACAAAGAUCCUUUGAGGAAAUACAGAGUGUUGUCUAAAACGACAGCGUACGAGGAUGUUACUGGUUCAAGUUUCCGGUCUGUUGAGAAUUCCGGUUCGGUUUCUAAACGGAGAAAACCGGUUUCGGCUCAUGAAUUGCAUUAUACGUUGAACCGGGCUGCUUCUGAGGAAUUGAAGAGGAAAACUAUGUUGCCUUACAAACAAGGUUUGUUGGGUUGUUUAGGAUUUAAUCAUGGUAUGAAUCAGAUUAGUGGAAGAUUUGGAUCUUUUGAACGUUCAUAAUCCAAGACAACUCUUCUAAAUCUUCUUUGUAAUAUAUUUUUUUACCGGGUGCAAAGACUAAUCAUUCGAUCUUGUGAGAUCUAAAUGAGCGAUAAACUCUUACUAAGAGUUUUGAUGCUGUUACAUGCUUAAAUUAGAGAUUAAACUCAUAACUUUGGUUAAGCUAGAAUAGAUUCAUAUUAUCUUCUUUAUAAUAUUGAUUAUUAUUAUUUUGUGACAAAUGUUUUUUUUUUGGGUUAUUUUGUGACAAAUGUUAGUAAAUUAAUAGUUGAAUUAACUUCUCAGGUUAAUAUCAUGGACUUCAUUUUUAGAACUCUUUUGGUGUCUUUUUGAGUUGUUUAAUCGAGACUAAUAUUUUUUAUUUUACAAGAAUAUUAUUUA